AUGCAGGGCCCUGGCGUGGCGCUGCUCCUGGGCGCGGGGGAGCUGGGUCCUGUGCGCCUGGGCUCGGCCGCUUGGUACGGUCCGGAGGGCCGCCCGGGAUACAGCUGGCCGCAGAAGCCGCAGCCGCCGGAGCCAUGCACCAGUUCCCCCGCCCUGUGGCCCUGGACGCACCGCUCCGACUACCUGCCUCCGGGGAGGGUGUCCUGGCCUGGGCCCGCCUCCGCGCGGCCCGAGGAGGAUCGCGCAGGCUGCAUCAGCCCGGCCGGCAGCCCCGCCUCUGCGCGCCGGCUAGGCCGCGCCUCCAAUAUGCUCGGCCCCGGCACCCACGCCCUGGGCGCCGCAGAUCCCCACCCUCUCGUCCCCUCGCACAGCCCGGUCCUGGACGAUCCCGCCCCUCGGGACGGUUCCCUUGUCUUCUGGCGAGGAUUCCCCAAGGCGUCUCACCACAUGGGCCGCCUCAGAAACGCCAAAAUCCACGUGGAGAGAGCUGUCAAGCAGAAGAAGAUCUUUACGAUCCAAGGCCGUUACCCAGUGAUCCGGUGUCUCUUGCGCCGGAGGGGCUGGGUGGAGAAGAAGAUGGUCCAUCGCUCAGGCACCACUCUGUCGCCACCCCAGAAGGAUCUGGAUAGCUCAGUGAUGGGUGAUAGUGACACCACUGAGGAUGAGGAUGAAGAUGAGGAUGAGGAGUUCCGGCCACCACAGCUGUUCAACUUCGAUGAUUUUCUGGAAUUUGAUGACCUAGAUGGGACACAUGCUCUGAUGGUGGGCCUAUGUCUCAAUCUCCGGAAUUUGCCAUGGUUUGAUGAGGCGGAUGCCGACUCCUUCUUCCCACGCUGCUACCGCCUGGGGGCUGAGGAUGACAAAAAAGCCUUCAUAGAGGACUUCUGGCUGACAGCUGCCCGCAACGUUCUCAAGCUGGUGGUGAAGUCUGAGUGGAAGUCGUACUCUAUCCAGGCAGAAGAGGAAGAGGCCUUGGGAGACAAGCAGCCCAUGAAACAGGGAAAAAAGCUAGUGUCAGUGUCCCCAGAAUUUGUGGAUGAAGCUCUGUGUGCAUGCGAGGAGCACCUUAGCAACCUGGCCCACAUGGACAUCGACAAAGACCUGGAGGCCCCGCUGUACCUUAGCCCUGAGGGCUGGUCCCUCUUCCUGCAGCGCUACUACCAAGUGGUCCACGAGGGGGCAGAACUCAGGCAUCUAGACACUCAGGUCCGGCGCUGUGAGGACAUUCUGCAGCAGCUGCAGGCCGUGGUACCCCAGAUCGACAUGGAAGGGGAUCGCAACGUCUGGAUUGUGAAGCCAGGAGCCAAGUCCCGCGGACGAGGCAUCAUGUGUAUGGACCACCUGGAGGAGAUGCUGAAGCUGGUGGACGGCAACCCCAUGAUGAUGAAGGACGGCAAGUGGGUGGUGCAGAAGUAUAUCGAGCGGCCCCUGCUCAUCUUUGGCACCAAGUUUGACCUGAGACAGUGGUUCCUGGUGACCGACUGGAACCCACUUACCGUGUGGUUCUACCGAGACAGCUACAUCCGCUUCUCCACGCAGCCCUUCUCCCUGAAGAACCUGGACAACUCAGUGCACCUGUGCAACAACUCCAUCCAGAAGCACCUGGAGAACUCGUGCCAUCGGCAUCCACUGCUGCCCCCAGACAACAUGUGGUCCAGCCAGAGAUUCCAGGUCCACCUGCAGGAGAUGGGGGCCCCAAACGCUUGGUCCACCAUCAUUGUGCCUGGCAUGAAGGCUGCUGUGAUCCACGCACUUCAGACCUCCCAGGACACUGUGCAGGGUCGGAAGGCCAGCUUCGAGCUCUACGGUGCUGACUUUGUGUUUGGUGAGGACUUCCAACCCUGGCUGAUCGAGAUCAAUGCUAGCCCCACUAUGGCACCCUCCACAGCUGUCACCACCAGGCUCUGUGCUGGCGUGCAAGCUGACACCCUGCGAGUGGUCAUCGACCGGAGGCUGGACCGCAACUGUGACACGGGAGCCUUUGAGCUCAUCUACAAGCAGCCUGCUGUGGAGGUGCCCCAGUAUGUGGGCAUCCGGCUCCUGGUAGAGGGCUCCACCAUCAAGAAGCCCAUGGCGAUGUGUCAUCGGCGGAUGGGGGUCCGCCCAGCACUCCCUCAUCUGCUGACCCAGCAAGGCUCUGGGGAAGCCCCUUACCACCUCCCCAGCCUCCACGCCAAGGCCCGGCUGCCUUCUCCCCACGUGCUCCGACCGCAGGGGCGGGUCUUCAGACUGCAGCACAGCAAGCUGGUGGGCUCUAAGGCCCUGUCGACCACAGGCAAGGCCUUGAUGACUCUACCCAUGGCCAAGGUUUUCAUUUCCUUCCCUCCUAACCUCGAUCUCAAGCUGGCAUCCAGCAUCCCGAAGCAAAGAAAGGCUGUUGCUCCCCUGUGCCUUCAAGGCCUCCAUCUGGAAGUGCCUUGUUUCCUCUGUCCUUUGAAGUUGGAACUCUUCCUAGCACCCAUAGGAAGGUCAAGGCCAAAGGCAAGUUCAAGGCCAGACUGCGACAAACCCAAGGCUGAGGCAUGCCCCAUGAAGAGGCUGAGCUUCCCAGAACCCCUGGCCCUUGUUGAUACCUUCCAGAAGCUGGGGAUAUGUGGCCAAGGAAGCCCCUGCCUGAUCCCCACUGCCCCUGUCCUGGAUCCAGCACCAAAUAAAAAGGAGCAAGUGAUGUACUCUAGGCUCGGCCCCAUUGCUAUGGGAGGGUGA